GGGGCCCAGUUUGCUGGGCAGGAAGAAAUGGGAGGAGCGGGAGGUAGUGGGGGAUCCUGCUGGCCAUGUGGGGCACUGGCUGUGUCAUCUCCUCACUGGGAGGUGUCAGCAGGGCCCGAAUCCCUCAUGCUCCUUUGUCUCCUUCGCGUCUCACAGGAGCUCAUUGAGGAGCUUCCUAAAGACUCUCCACCCAGCGAGAUCCUCGCCAGCUGCCUGGCUGCUGUGGGCAACCUCAGCACCAUGAAACCAGCCCUUGAGCCUGAGCUAGAGUCCCGCCUCUUGCGAGCUGCCCUUGGCUCGGUCUUCACCCUGGGCACGGAGACGGGCGCCACCGACAUCCAGGCGCUACACAAAGUCAUGCCAGAGCUCCUGGAUGCUGUGCUGGGGAACCUGCUGGCAGAGUCCCCAGACGCAGGCAGGCUCCACGUCAUCUUGGAGCAUGUCAACCGCUGGAUCGUGUCCAGGGUGCCCCAGGAGAGAGCCAGGGCCAUUAAGAGCAGCACAGCCCUGCUGAGAUUUGCAGUCACCCUCCCCGAGUUUGACAUCUCAGCAGAGUUCCCUAGGCUGGGUCAGCACGUGGCCCAGCUGGCUCUCUUUGUGAGUUACCCAGACCAGGACAUCAGCCGGCAGGUCUUUGGAAAAUUCUUCUCUGCGGGGCAGAGGAAAUGCUUCCUCAAGACAGCCGUGCCAGCGAUCUACAACCCCCUGCUGUGCAUUAGCCAGGCUGGGCUUCUCCUCACGUACGCCAUCCUGGGGGAAGCCGAGCAACUGCUGGGGUACACGCUGGAGGACACCACCGCCAUGGUGAUGGGUCAGCUCCACAGCAUCCGGCAGCUGCACCAGGUGCCUGAGGUGCUGCAAGGGCUGAGCCUCACCUGA